AUGAACCAGGUGGUCUUUUUAGAUAUUGCCAUAGCAGAUGUGCCAAUAGGCCGUGUCAAGAUUGAACUCUACAACAAUGAGCUUCCAAAAACCUGUGAGAAUUUUAGACAGUUUUGUACUGGCGAAUACAGAGAAAAUGGCCGGCCAAUUGGUUACAAGGGAAGUAUCUUUCACCGAGUGAUCAAGGACUUCAUGGUGCAAGGAGGUGACUUCGUCAAGUCCAAUGGUACAGGCUCCAAGACUAUUUAUGGAUCCAAUUCGUUCGCAGAUGAAGCAUUCCCAUAUGAUCACUUGAAGUACAGCGUAUCUAUGGCCAAUUCGGGACCAAACACCAACGGAUGCCAGUUCUUCAUUUGCACGGCCAAUGCACCACAUCUAGACGGUAAACAUGUUGUUUUUGGAAAGGUAAUCCAGGGAUUCGAUGUUGUAGAUGCCAUGAAUAAGGUGUCUGUUUCAAGGCAAGAUGUCCCGAUAGAUACCAUAAAGAUAGUUGAGUGCGGAGAAAUGUGA